AUGACAUCCGCUACCAAAUACAGCUCCAAGUUAGUCAACCAGCGUGUUCUAAUCUUCGGUGGAACAUCCGGGAUUGGUUUCUGCGUUGCGGAAGCCGCUAUCGAGAACGGUGCCCACCUUAUCCUCUCGAGCUCGAAUACCGCCAAGCUCGAGAAAGCAGUCGCCCGACUACGUGAAGCGUACCCAUCUCAAGUAGCACAACGGCCCAUAACCACGCAAACUUGUGACCUUUCCGACACGGAGAAUCUCGACGCCAAUCUUGCAAAUCUCUUCCAAGCCGCCAGUAGUAACGGCGCCAGCAAGAUCAAUCAUGUUGUGUUCACAGCAGGUGAUGCGCUAGACUUCCCUGAGCUCGUUGACCUGACUCCCGAUCUGAUUCAGAAAAGCGGAGUCGUGCGCUUUGUCGCGCCCCUGAUGGUCGCCAAGUAUAUCCGUCAGUAUAUGGAUCUGACAACGACCAGCUCCUUCACGUUGACAGGCGGCCUGCGUGCCCACAAGCCUGCUCCUAGAUGGAGCUUAGUUUCUGGGUGGGCUGCGGGCGUAGAGGGUCUUGUGAGGGGUCUAGCGCUGGACCUCAAGCCGUUGCGUGUUAACAUGGUGCCUCCUGGAGCCGUGCAUACGGAGCUGUUCUCACGAUUUCCAAGCGAGCAGCUUGAGGGAUUUCUGAAGAUGCUCAAUAAUCAGUCAACGACAGGAACUGUUGGUCGGCCGGAGGAUGUGGCGGAGGCAUACCUGUAUCUAAUGAAGGACCAAUUUGUGUCUGGAAGUAUUGUCCAGACGAAUGGGGGAGCAUUGUUGGUUUAG